CCCAGAGCGGCCCCGGAGCGGCCCCAGAGCGGCCAUGCUGCGGCUGGGCCGGGCGGUGCCCGCCGCGCUGCGCGGGUCCCGCCGAGGGACCCCCGCGGCCCAACCGCGCCGGGGCGCGGAGGUGCUGGUGGGCUCGGCCGGCGGCGACAGCGGCGGUAUUGCUGAAAUCCUAAUGAACCGACCCCACGCAAGAAAUUCACUGGGAAAAGUAUUUGUAAACGAACUGUUCAGUGCCCUGGAGCAGCUCCGCUUCGAUGAGAAGGUGCGUGUGGUGGUGUUUAAGAGCCAGGUGAAAGGUGUGUUUUGUGCAGGAGCAGACUUAAAGGAACGUGCAAAGAUGGAUGAUGCAGAAGUUGGACUGUUUGUUAGAAGGCUGAGAAAUCUCAUGGAUGAAAUAGCUGCCCUGCCUGUGCCCACGAUCGCUGCCAUCGAUGGCUACGCGCUGGGAGGGGGACUAGAACUGGCCUUGGCCUGUGACCUUCGAGUGGCAGCUUCAUCAGCUAAAAUGGGCCUUAUUGAGACCACACGAGGACUUCUUCCUGGAGCAGGUGGAACCCAGCGCCUGCCCAGAUGUGUUGGAAUAGGUCUUGCAAAGGAACUUAUUUUCACUGGCAGACAGAUUGAUGGACAACAGGCCUUCUCCAUGGGCUUGGUAAAUCACUCAGUGCCACAGAACAGCGAGGGAGAUGCAGCUUACCAGAGAGCACUAGCUUUGGCUAAAGAAAUCCUUCCCCAGGCUCCAUUUGCUGUGAAAAUGGGAAAACUGGCCAUAAACAGAGGAAUGGAGGUCGACAUUGCAUCAGGGAUGGCUAUUGAGGGGAUGUGCUAUGCCCAGAAUAUUCCCACAAGAGACCGUCAGGAAGGGAUGGCUGCCUUCAGGGAGAAACGACCACCGCGCUUUAUCGGCAAAUAACGCUUUCUAGCUUCCCCUUGAUUUUUAGAAAGUACAGUAGGACUGAAGAGCACCCACUGAUUUCUUGGGGAUAAUUUUUAUGACACCAUUCUGUGCACUUAACCCCUUGCCUUGGACUGCAUUUCUGAAUACUCCACUGGAUCAUUUUUCUGUACGAAUCUUCCAAUAAAGAUUUAACUUUGUACACCUGA